AUGUAUGGCAACUGCGGUGGACCUUUUUUCAAUCCUAAAUUUAUAGAAGACAGGUAUAAAAAAUUUCAAAAUAUAUUUCUUUUAAACGGCACAAUAGUACCCGUUUACUUACUCAUGAUAUUUUUUUAUGCUCACGUUUUUGAACACGUGGGUUCUGGUCCUUUUUGGAAAAUCAAAAUUGGAAAAGAAGCAGAAAGAUGUCGGAAAAAUUGGUGGAUAAAUUUUUUUUUUCUCAAUAAUUACCUCUAUACGGAUUCGUUAUGCAUGUUUCAAUCUUGGUACGUUGCUUGCGACAUGCAUCUAACAUUGAUAGCACCAUUCGUUGUUAAAAUAGUUAUCAAUUCUAAAAAAAAAGGAUUCAUUUAUUUAAUUUUAUUCAUAACAAUUUCAUUUUUAUUAAAUUUUACAAUUAUUUUUUAUAAUAAAUAUGAUGGAGUUCUCAGACUUUACCUCAGCACACUUGAAGAUUUAACAUCGAGUUUUACUUUCAAUGAAGUUUACAUAAAAACUCAUCAUAGAGCUACGCCAUAUUUGUCAGGAAUGAUGGCUGCUUUCGUUUAUUUAAAAAUAAAAAAAAUCAAUUAUAAAUUUUCACUAAAAGAAAUUUGGAUGUAUAGUGUGAUAGCUCUCAUAUGUGCUUUAUCUGCAAUUUGUGGUGCUUGGUUAUUUUAUAUUCCAGGAAGAAAAUAUGAUGCAUUUGAAAAUGCUUUAUAUGCUUCUUCCCACAGGUUAUUAUGGGCUUUCGCCAUGUCUUGGAUUGCAAUCGGUGGAGGAACGAAAGCAUUCGGUUUGAAUCCUUGA